CACCAUUGUCAUUUAUUUAAUGUCAAAGUCAGACGACAAUUCAUAAUAAUCACGCACGGGUCUAUUUUGUAAGCCAAAUAAAACUUGUCAAGUUUUUAAAAUAGGUGGGACAUUAUUGAUUAUUUCACAAAAUAUAGUGAUCUUUAAUCAAUAAAAGUGUAAAAUGUCUAGAAGGCCGCAUUCCGGUAAAAAAACUAACUUGUCUCAGUUUGGCCUCAUAGACAUACCGGACUUAAACGAUGAUGAUGAGCCCCUGGACCUAUCAGAUGACGAUAUUGACUUGGAAGCGGAGUUGGCUGCGAUCAGCGGAGGCCAGCAGAGGCGCAGGCCCAAGAAACCACCUCCUACAACUUCUGCUGUGAAUCUUGAUGCGAUGAUAGCCGAGAGCUUGAAGGAUAUACCUUCUAAUGAUGAGGCAUCAGGUGACGAUGAUGACCCUGAUCUUCUCAACGAGCUCCAAGCUCUGUCCUUGGCGGACGACGACGAGUCCCCCCCGCCCCGCGCGGCCCGCCCCGCACCCCCGCCCCCCGGCGCGCCCCUCAGUACUGACAGCAGUACCAUCAGCCUGCUGCAAGACAGGAUCACUAAUUAUACCGUCGCUGAGAAGAAUGCCAAGGCGAAUGGGGAGAGCAGUCGGGCGAGACGAUUCGGACGCGGCCUUAAAACGCUCCAAGAUCUUCUAAAACAAGCGAAAGCUGGGAAACCGAUCAUGAACGAGGAUAUUCCACCACCAGUCGUAGUUGGCAAGGCCCCAGACGGUUCUCAACGGAUACCGGAAGAAGUUCCAACGUCACCAGCUCCGCAAAUACCGAGGGAAGCUCCAGAAGCUCCACUAAUAGACUUUGGACCUCCGGAACCGAGUCCUGCGUCGAGGUCUGAAAAGCCUAGGCCUCCAUCGCCAAGACCUGAGGAACCGAGUCCACCGGAGCCGAGCAGCCAUAGAGCUGAGACUAAUGAAGGCUUGCAGAUUAUUCUAGCUCGUAAGAACGAAUUUAAAGUAGCAGCUUUAGAAGCUAAACGAAAUGGGAACAAGGCGUUAGCGUUGAACCUUCUGAAAGUGACCAAACAGUUCGACAUCGUGGUAGAGGCCUACAAAAGAGGCGAGGCGAUGGAUCUGAACGAGUUGCCGACUGUCGCCAUGUUCGCUGACUCCGCUGAGGGGGGCAGGGAGGAUGAGAGCAUUCAGUCUUCUGAAGCUCCAGCACCGGCGCCUCCCGUCCUGGUCACAGCUACCACACUGGAAGAAGGGUUAAAACAAAGAUUAAUGGCUUUCAGGGAGUUAGAAUCCAAAGCGAAAGAGGAAGGCAACAUGUCGAAGGCCCGUCGUAUGAACAGGAUCACGAAGCAGUACGCGGACGCCAUUAAACAACAUGGCGCGGGUCGUCCGAUCAACACGGACGAGCUGCCCGCGCCCGCUGGCUUCGGCCCGCUACCUACUGCCGGCAGACCUCAGCCGGUUGCUCCACCAGCACCCGUUGCUACCCCAUCGUCCGAACGUAAGGUGACGAAAAACGAGCCACUUGCAUACCUGUUGCAAGAACAGAGGAAAUUCAAGGAAGCAGCACUAUUCUUUAAGAAGAAUGAUAAUAUACCAGCAGCAAAAGGUCUACUCCGCAUGGUGAAGUACUACGACCCUAUAAUAGAAGACGCACGCGCCGGCAAGAGAGUCCACCUUGACAAUGUGGUCGUCAUACCCUACUCUAUGAGGGACCUUGAAGCACGUUACGGCGGCGGCAGUAGCCACAGUACCGCGUGGGUGGAGGAGCUAGUAAACAGUGUGUCUCGGCCGCGGCGCCAGUCCACCAGCUCCACCACGUCGGGCGCGUCCAGCGGGGUGAGCGGGGCCAGCGGGGGCAGCGCGGGCAGCGGGGGCAGCGGGGGCAGUGCGGCCAGUGGGGGCAGUCGCCAGGCCCCGCGGGCCUCGGGCUCGGGCGCGGGCCCCGACGACGGCAUCAUGGCGGGCGCGCUCGCCGCCGACGCCUCCAUAGACACGUCGGCCUCACACGACGAAGUCUUCUCCAGGCUGCAACACCAGCUGGAGCUACAGAGGCAGCUGUGCCAGGCUCACUACGAGCAUAACAUGAAGAUCGGGAACAUUGCGGAAGCGAAAAAGAUUGAGCCCAUGAUACAGGAUAUCUCGGAGAGAUUGGAUGUCGCGUUUUUGGAAUUUAAACGUCGCGGUGUAUUACCAAGGUUCCACUAUGAAAUGCGGCAGUUUUCUAUAGUGCAAUGCAAUACGCACCUUAGUGAUAGUGACUUAGAGUUGACUAUCGUGCGGGGGAUAGCCUACAACGUGGCGAAUCCCAAAGAUAUUGAUACUUAUGUCAAAUUCGAGUUUCCUUUUCCACAGGAAGCACCAGUAUCAGAUAGAACAGUUAUAGUAAAGGACACAAACAAUCCUGAAUACAACCAGACAUUCAACCUCACCAUCAACCGCACCAGAGCUUGCCUGAGGGUGUUCAAACGACACGGUAUCAAGUUCGAAGUCUGGUCGCGCGGGUGCGGCGGCUGCGCUGACGCGCUGUUCUGUUGCAGCGGCUGGUUCCGCAGCGACGCGCUCGUGGGCGCCGCCACCGUCAAGCUGGCGCCGCUGCAGGACCACAUCACGCUGCAUAACUCCUUCCCGUUGAUGGACGGGCGUCGGCCUACAGGAGGCUCGUUGGAAGUCAAGCUCAACGUCCGGACGCCACUACUGCAGGAACAAGUCAAGACCACUCAGCAUCGGUGGAUAGUCAUCGAAGAUUAAUCAUAAGACUCCGCAAAAAGUAUUCAUACAUUCAUAUAAAUGUGGGCACUUGAUACUUGUGCAAGCGCUUACAUGUCACGUGACCAAUCAGAAAGGAUCGUUGUCUUAACGAUUAGUCAUUUGUUUCGGUUGUCAGUUACACGGAAUAAAACACUAUCAGUUUCUUAAGUUUAUGAAUUUGAUCUGUUUAUUAAACAUUUUGUUGGUCAAUCAAAAAUCUUAACUAAACGUCGAGUUUGAUUAGACAUUUGAUAGGUAAUUAAUUUCUUUACUUGUAUUGACCAGUUUUGUAGAAACUAUCAAUUUAUUCUUGUUACAUACCGAGUAAAAAGCAUGCAAAUUGGUUUCUCUGAAGUAGGAGGAUAAUUGUCACAAACAUAGAACAAACAUCAAUGGUUUACCUAAAACAGGUAUUUUAUUACUUAGCUUUGCGGUAAAGCGCACUAUUAUAAAAAGUAAAAAUAUAUGUAUGCAAAUGUGUAAAAGAAAUUGCGGCUUAAAACACGGAGUGAGAUAGAAGUAUACAAAAUGGUAGGUAAGACAGAGAUAGUUGUUUUUGUAACUUUAAUAAAGAUGCACUUCGUAUAUUACAUGCAAAUCAUUUUGAUUUAGAUUUGUUGCUGAAUUCUUCGGUUGUGGAUAUGCGCAUAAGUGUAAAUGUGACCUUUGUCGAUAUUACGUAUCAAAAGCCAAAGCGACAACAACCUAUACACAAUAGCUGACUAUAAUAAUUUGAUAAUGGUUAACAGACAGGGAGGUGUAAAGGGGGUUUACUUGAACCGACCGUGUGAGUCGCUCCUCGCUGCCUUUGCUCAUAAUUAAGGACUCUGGUUGGGUCCGAAACUAGUCGAGCUAUCGCGAUUAAUACGUGAGAGGAAGGCUUUAUCAAGAAAAAAAAGAACGUUGCUAUUAUAAUAUAGAGAACUGUUUCUUCAAAAUUAAAUCCAUUUCGUGAUGAUAAAUGUUUCGCACAGCGUUCGCAAGAUGUAUGCCCAGUAUGAUACAAGCUGUUGUGAUUAAAUAUAUAAAAAAUGCAUUUUAAUGAGCAAUAUUUUGAUGUAAAUGGUGGGAAGGUUAGCUUUAUCAAGAGUUGAAGGAGUGUUAAUGGGUAUGUUAUGUAAUUAUAUGUAAAUAAUCUUAUAAAUAUUCACAAACUAUAUCUGUCUCUUUUUAUCUUAUUGCACUUCUAAUUAGAUUGAAAGGGACAGAAAUAUUAUAACUUUUUUCUUUCAAUACGUUAAUGAACGAAGCUUUAGUGUUUAAGUCAUUGUAAAAUACGAAAAUCUCAAUAUUACACGUCCAGCUAUUUUCUCUAUUUUGUUACUUGUAAUGUUAUGCGAAAUUGAACUUUAAUUGUGUAAGAUAGAGUCUCAAUUUCUUUAUCAUAUGAUGUUAUGUUUUUUUAAAGCAAAAUUUAGCCUUAUGUAUUAGUGAUACGGUUCAAUAUUCACUGUUUCUAGCCAGUGUGGAGGCAAAAUAUAGCUAAAAGCAAAAAUUAAAUGAAUUCAAGAUGUUGUUAUUUUUGUGUUAUUUGAAUUUUUGUUUAUUGAAUUAAGAUUAUUGUAUAAAAUCAUGGAUAAUUCGUAAAUUAUUAAUAAUGGCAAUGGCUUUCCAAUUUUUCUAUGUUGAUGAAGUCCAAAACAAUUUGACAUAUUUUUUGCAAAUAAAUAAUUUAUAUUUUUAUACAGAAGUAGUACACUAUACACAAUUUACAAGCAUUUAAAUUACAACACUUAGGAGUGACAUUUUUACAAGUGCUAUUCCUGCAAAUGUAUGGGAAUAACAAUUCUUGUGAAAAGGGUAUUUCUAAAAAAGAAUUGUUGAGUUCCAUUACACAGAUUUCUUAAAAAUAUUCUACACGCAUUUUUUAUUUUAUCUCGUAAACAAAAAAGUGAAGAUGUACAGUGAAAUCAAAUGUCUUGUGACGUCACUUACCAGUUCGCUUUUUACUAGCAUGUGAUGUUAGCAACCUUAAAUCCUUUCAAUCUUGCUUACUGUUAAUUAUGUCAUAAAGUUAAAAUUAUGUAUUAAAUAUUUAUUGGAAAUCUGUCUGACGCACUAUACAGAUUUAUAUUAUUUGAUUUAGUCAAAUACCCUGUUCCAUACAUUUGGGUCAUUGCUUUAAAAAUGUCACUUGUCUAAGAGCGCAGAUUGUCUAAAAGACAAAUUGUAGCCGUGUAAGAUAUGAGACACGUUUUGGCGAAUAAUUCACGGAAUACGUUACAUUAUUUAUAUUUAAGAAUGUAUAUUUUAAUGUUAAUAAAUGUAUUAAUAAAGAUC